AAAACCAAAACCGAUUACUUGGGUUUCCAUUUCAAAUUCCUGUCUUUUGCACCAAAACUAUGGCAGUCUUCGCUCCCCUCCUAUCAGUCUCAAGAACUUCAACAGCACCUAUGCAGAACCUUAUUUUAAACCCCCAAAUGCAUCUUUCGAGGGCACAACUUAGAUUCAAUUCCAAAUUGUUAUCUUCGUCGUCCAGUCUAUUUUUCACUACCUUCAGAAAGUCAAAAUCGCCGAUCCAAUACCUACGUCGUCUUGAUGAGUCUCAUUACAACCCAAUCCAAUCCCUUUUCACAGGGAUCGUUGAAGAGAUGGGUGAAAUCAAGCAACUGGGUUAUGUGGAAAAUGGUGGAUUCGAGAUGAAGAUUGCAGCAAGAACAGUUCUUGAAGACGUCAAGCUUGGGGAUAGCAUUGCUGUCAAUGGAACCUGCCUUACAGUGACAGAAUUCAAUAAGGAUACCUCAGAUUUCUCGGUCGGUCUUGCCCCAGAGACCUUGAGGAAGACCUCCUUGAUUGAGCUUACUACUGGGUCGCUCGUCAAUUUGGAGAGAGCCCUUCAGCCAUCAACAAGAAUGGGUGGGCAUUUCGUUCAGGGCCACGUUGAUAGCACGGGAGAGAUCGUUUCCAUCGAGCCAGAAGGGGACUCGUUGUGGGUGAAGGUGAAGACGACGCCAGAAUUGCUCAAGUACAUUGUUCCCAAAGGGUUUAUAGCUGUGGAUGGGACUAGCUUGACAGUAGUCUCUGUUUUUGAUGAGGAGCAAUGCUUUAAUUUUAUGUUGGUUGCUUAUACUCAACAGAAUGUGGUCAUUCCUUUGAAGAAAGUUGGGCAGAAGGUGAAUCUGGAGGUGGAUAUACUUGGGAAGUACGUGGAAAGACUUCUCAAAGGUGGUUCUUGAUACAAAAAUCUUAGGAUUCUUAAGUCCACUACCAUUGUAACCUUUUCUGGAAAUUGAGAAAUCCCUAAAUCAAUUUUU